AUGGAUCUGGUUGGAUCUUCUGGUUUUGAGUCCUGCAAGGUCCAAGUGAAGCUGAUAAAAGGGGUGAGGAUAGAAUAUGAAGCGGAAGGUGAUUCAGAACAGACACGCUACAAUCAUGUUGCGGGGUUGCUUUCAUUGCAACGCCAUUUUGUUUAUGAGCCUGAGGUUCAGAGCCCCAAGAUUGCGUUUCUCUUCAUUUCACGGAACAGGCUACCUUUGGAAAUAGUUUGGGAUGCAUUCUUUAGGGGAGGCGCUAGCAAAUUCUCAAUUUUUGUUCACUGCAGACCAGGGUUUGUUCUCAACAAGGCAACAACUAAAUCACCUUAUUUUUUGAAUCGACAAGUUAAUAAUAGCGUACAGGUUGAGUGGGGAGAAGCAAGCAUGAUACAGGCCGAGCGCAUUUUGCUUAGACAUGCGCUUAGUGAUCCUUUAAAUGAUCGCUUUGUUUUCCUCUCAGAUAGCUGUAUUCCUCUGUACAACUUCAGCUAUGUGUAUGAUUACAUCAUGUCAGCAUCAACUAGUUUUGUCGACAGCUUUGCUGACACGAAAGAAGGUCGUUAUAAUCCAAAAAUGGAUCCUGUUAUUCCUGUCUAUAACUGGAGGAAAGGAUCUCAGUGGGCUGUGCUGACCAGAAAGCAUGCCAAGAUUGUAGUGGAGGAUGAAACUGUCUUUCCAAUGUUUCAAAAAUAUUGCAAGAAAAAGCCACUACCAGAAUUUUGGAGGGACCAUUACAUUCCUGCUGACACAUCUAAGGUCCAUAACUGUAUACCAGAUGAACACUAUGUUCAGACAUUACUGGCUCAAAAGGGCCUUGAAUCAGAAAUCACACGAAGAUCCUUGACACAUACUGCUUGGGAUGUUUCCAACUCCAGGGAUCUUGAGCGCCGGGGCUGGCAUCCGGUUACUUACAAGUAUUCAGAUGCUACACCUAUGCUUCUAAAAUUUAUUAAGGAAAUAGAUAAUAUUUAUUAUGAAACCGAAUACAGAAGAGAAUGGUGCAGCAGCAAGGGUAAAGCAUCAACUUGCUUCCUUUUUGCAAGAAAAUUUACUCGGACUGCUGCUUUAAGGCUUCUUAAUGUGUCUGCUCUGGGAGAUUUCAAUUAA